UUUUCCAUGUCCUUAAACCUAAUCCUCUCAACACUAUUUCUACCUUCUUUUCUGACAUCUCCCAUCACUCGCCUCUUAAUUUAUUCCAUUCCCCACCAAAUUCAAUAUACUUUUUAACCGUAGUAUGUUACACAUGUGAGUGAAAGAAAGCUAGAGAAAUUACUGUUGUGAGAUGCUUUUCUGGAGGCCAUGUAUAAAUAUGGUAGAGUAGUACUAGUAGAGCUUCUUCACUCACAAUAAUGACUUCUCUUCAUUAAAUGAAGAGGAGCCUCUCUACAUCAGAAGUUAAAUAAGAAUACACAUUCAAGAGAGAGAGACCCUUCCAUUAACAUUCUUUGUUCAUGUCCUAAGAAGAAACAUCCACAAGACUAGAUAUGGGUGGUUGCACAAGCAAGCAAGAGAGACCAAGUAUGAGAAGUGUCAAGAAGGAGUCUUCAACUGAAAAAAGAAGAGGAAGAAGACACAUGAGAAGAGAGGUGGAUGAGCGAGAGAAAGUGAUGUUUGAUAAACUUAGAGAGGCGGAGAGAGAGUGGGGGAAAGAGAGGAAGAAGCUAAGAGAGCAAGUGAAGAGGCUAAGGAAGAAAGUGGAGGAGAGAGAGGAAGCAAAGACAACAACAACAGAGGAGAGAGAAUACUGGAAAUGGGUUGUUGAGGAGAUGUGUGUGGAGAGAGCAGUGAGAGAUGAAGCCGUUGAGAAAUGGAAACAACUCUAUUUAGCUAUCAAGAAUGAGCUUGAUCAUCUCAUCAUCCACACAACUUCUUCCUCUUCUGGAGAGGCAACAAUGCAAAGGCAACUUGAGGGCAAAGGUGAAGAAGAAGCAGUUAAGACAGUGGAGGAACUGAGAAAUGAAGUUAGAGUUAAAGAAGAUACAAUUGAGACAUUAAAAGAGAAAAUAGCUUUGAUGGAUAGAGAAAAGUAUGAGAAGGAAAGAGAGAUUGAUAUACUUAGACAGAGUCUGAGGAUUCUUGGAAGCAAGAAGAAUAAGAAGAAAGGAGCAUCGUUUGCAUCAAUGAAUCUGAUGAUUUUGAAGACCAAAUGUGUGGAAUGUACAUAACACUUCAAAGUCAAAACAGUCUUCCUGCAACAGUGAUGAUAUCUCACUCGUCAGAGAAUCUUUGAUCAACAAUGUCACAUAUUAUUUCUCUUUUGGUUUGUUUAUCUUUUUAUAUUGGAAAUAGCAAGUUAUAGCACUACAAGAUUGAAAAGCACAUGACGACACAAAAAAUAAGUUAAUAAAUCAUAUGUUUUUGUGUAAAA